AUGCGGUUACUGCCGCAACCUUCGUACAGUCACAUUUUUUCCUCGCCGCGUGCUCUUGCGCUGGCGCUGGGCAGGGCAGCUCUCAAGAGUGAGCGCCAUGGCCAGCCAGUCAGACUGCACGGCAGGCAGAGGCUGGAGGCCCAAGCGCAGUCGGCCGCCCCUGUAUGCCGCCUAACGCCCACUGCGCUUCAUCUGCGUGCAGGUCGACCUUCUUCCUUUCUUCUUGGCGCGGCUGCGCUCAGAGUUGAGCUGGACUCAGCCAAGGUGCAGCGCAGGCCAAGCACAUACUUAAGGCGGCACUUUGCGCGUCGAUGCGUCUUACCGUCCGUCCAUAACAUUCACAUCCCCCCUCGCCCCUCUGGCUCAACGGCUGUCAGCCUUCCCUGUGCGAUCCCGGUGAUGCCUGCAUCCGACGGUGAGCACGAUCCCUACUCCUCCGACCUGGACGACACGAUCAGUUUCUUCGAUCACGAGACCGAUCUUCUUUCCUUCACCGACUUUGAAGACUACGAAAUCUGCAGAGAUUAUUUGGACGAAAAGCUCUACCAUCUCGAGGGCUUGGUGGCAGAAUCCGAAGACUAUUUGAGAGAAGUGCGGUGGGAGUUCGAAGCCUACGACCCUCCUGCAACUCGAGGGGAGAAGGCUCACUUGACACGCAUCUCUAACAAGACGGACAAAGCUCGAAAGCGUCUCGAGUCUUUCAAAACUACGAAGUCGACUCUGCUGCAGCAGCUGGUCGAAUUCGAAGGUGCUCACUCGCUGAGGCUCGAGAUGGCUGAAGAUCAGGCUGCAGAGGAGCGAAGGAUGGAGGAGAUCGCGAGUCUUCCUCAGCUUUCCUCCCUGGCUCUAGAGGCAUCUGGGACCCCGGACCUCCAGGCAGCUUGGGAUCGAAAGGAUCACGAGAUGUUGGUGCAGCUGGCUUCGACGCUGAUCGAGGACGCCUCGGGUGCACCGGGUCGCGACGAUCUCGACGGCAUUCGUCACCUCUGCACGGGCCUGCGACUCCGCUUCAAGGCGUACACGGCGAUGCGCCUGUACUCAUUGGCGGUCGGAGACGCGAGCAGGCUGUUGGAUCUUCUGACGACAUACGGCGCAGACGUACAAGCCGACGAUGACCUCGAAGUCGCAUCAACAGCAGGCACCCAGUCCGAGCCAGUUGCGAGGCGCAGGUCGGCUCGCCUCAGCCAGCCACGCGGACAGAAGCGUUCGGCAACCCCCAAAGCAAGCGGCGGCCAUCAGAACAAGCGCAGCAGGCUUGUCCGGUCGAGCCAGUGCCAGCCCCAGCCCGAGCCGACGAGCGGAAACGACGGCGAAACGAUCAGCAUCCUCUACUUUCCGGUCGAGCUUAUCCUCAUGAUCGCGAAUCAUCUCAGCAUCACGGAUCGCCUCCAUCUCGCCAACACCUGCCACGACUGGCGUCGCAUUCCGCAGCUGUGGCAGUCGCUCAACUUUCGACGUACCAAAAGCACCGGCAAGGAUGGAUGGCACUACGAUACCGUGCAGGCCUGCGUCACGGCGAUCGAGAUCUGCCAGCGCCGCUCGCACGGAACCUUGACGUGCGUAAAGCUCCAAGGCUUUGUGACCUCGAGCGCCGUCGGUCCCAUUCUGGACGUUCUGCAGCUCAGCAGCGCCACGCUCCAGCACGUGGCCAUCCCGACGCUCGAUCAGAAGCUGUGCUUCGACCGCCUCUACUACCGUUGCCCCAAUCUGACGGGCAUCGAUGUUCGCUUCGCCUGCACGUCGGAGGCGACCCUGGUGAUUCAGGACCCAAAUCGGGUCACGAGUCCGUUCCAGUCGGACACCUUGCCCUUCCAGCUGCGCUCGUUCUACUCGAGGUCGGACCUGCCUUACGGCCCGCUCACGUCGCACAUGGAGGGGCUCCAGGUCGUGCAUUGCAUGGCGUACAAGAGGCAGAAGAAGCUUAGCUUUGUCGACGGGCUCUUGCGUGCCGCUCCGACUCUGGUGGAAUGGUGGGACGACGUCGGCGCGGACUGGUACCGUUCCGUGAUUAACCUGGGCGAUUACGGCAUCGAGCGACUUGCUGUCUCACCCUUGGUCUUCCCCAAGCUUCGCCGCCUCAACGCCCUGUGGAGCGAGAUCUUCAUCGACUGCGAGUUCCCUGCGCUCCGUGAAGCGCGGAUCAAUUCGAUGCGCGGCCCCUCGACGCUGGAUCCUUCCACAAGCACGACGUUUUCGCGGGCCGCCGCCAUCAUCACCGCUAGUCCCUUGCUCAAGAAGCUGGAGAUCCUGCUGCCUCCCGGCUUCUCGGCGCAGAGGCAGAUCUACGUCGCCAUCAGCAAGCUCCGCCACCUCGAAGAGCUGACGCUGUGCACGACGGACAGCUCGCUGUCGCUUCGGCCGCUGCUGGAUGCGGAGGAGGAGCUCGCCACGCCAAAGAGUGCCGCACAGGAGACGAUGCCCGCCUUGCAGACCCUGCGCAUCAUCCUCAAGACGUGCGGGCGAGGCAACGAUACGCUGGUCAACGAGCUGGUGGAGCUGCUGCUGAUCCGCUACUACCGCAGAGAGGGGCACACCUAUUCCGAAGCAAAGACCAAGAUGACACAGGCCCGCCAAGCGUACCAGGCCUACCUGUCCAGCCUCAACAAGCCUCCGAAGCCUCCAAAGCCUCCAGCCAAGAAGACGGCCAAGAAGAAGAAGGGCGCCAACGACGCAGUCGAGGAACCGCUCGACACAAAGGAAGACGUCAAGCCCCCGAAGUUCACUUCCGUGCUUUCGCAGCUCGUGCUCCCGCCAGAAAAGGUGUACGAGAGGGGCGAGAUGCGGUCGUGGUGGCGGAAGAGCGACACGGUCUUGUCGCAGCUCAUCUUUCAGAUUGUCGAGGCCGAGAAUCCGAAGGACAGUGGAUUUUUCCGAGGCUGGGGCUCCAAGACGCAGGGCAUGUCAGCUGUCGUCGGUCGGAACGGCAUGUCUCAGUGGCACAGCGCCCUGCACCUGUCAAGCAUUUUGGCGCUUGGGCCACAGCCUGUGAUGACGUCGACUUCCGCGCCGACGCCAUCGUUGCUGGUGGAUGACCGCUUCGUGCUGAUCGGCACGCUUGCGCUCGCAUCGCAUCUGCUCCUGUUUCGGCUGGUGGAUCUGUGGCCCGAGCAGAUCGCCAAGCUGUAUGCCGGCCUGUUUGCGCUCGAUUUGACCGUGCGCUACACCUACCUGCACUCGGGCAUCGUUGCAACCGUGCUGGCCACCAUCGUCGAUGUGGUCGCGUACACCGUGUUUGUGCUGGCGAGCAUCGGUGUGUAUCGGCUCAAGUUUCACCGCAUCGCAGACGUGCCUGGGCCAAAAGCCUGGGCUCUGUCAAAGUGGAGUACGUUUGGAAUCGAUCGACAGGGUCUGCGACCGCGCGCGGUGCAUGCGGCUCACGUCGAGUAUGGCGAUGUGGUGCGCACGGGACCUUGCGAGGUGAGCAUCAACUCGCCCGAUGCCGUCGCGGCGAUCAGUGCGGCCAAGAGCGAGUGCUGGAAAGGACCUUGGUACGACGGCGCAGCCGGCGGUCGCGAGCCGCACAUUAUGCGUAGUCUGAUCAACCUCACCGACCGCACCGAGCACCAGCGCAGACGAAAGACGUGGGACGCCGCUUUCAGCGCCAAGGCACUCAAGGGCUACGAAGGUGCUUUGGUCAACAACAUGGAGAUCAUGCUGCGCCAGCUGGCCAAGCGCGCCAACGCAGACGAGGCGGUGGACAUCGACGAUUGGGGCAUGUUCUUUGCAUUCGACAUGAUCUCCGAGGUCGGCUUUGGUCGCAAUCUGGGCUUGCUCGAGCAGGGCAAGCUGUCGCCGAUUCUGGAGCAGCUGGAGGAUCUGAUGAAGUUUCAGCAGGUGGUCAACAACCGGCCGUACAUGAUCGAAGUGACGCGCCAGAUCCCGACGCCCAAGGGCGCGUACGCGGGCAUGGUCAUGGAGCUGCUCGAGCAGCGCGACAAGGACGCGCACGGUCAGAAGGCCGACAUCAUGCAGUUCCUCUACGAAGCCAGUGCCGAGGAGGAAAGCACGGAUAAGACCGACUCGACGACGUAUGACAAGUACAAUAUGCGCAACAACCACGGCCGACGCGCGGAACUUGCUGCCGAGGCGCGCCUCAUCAUCGUUGCCGGCAGCGACACGUCGUCGACGGUGAUGGCCAUGACGCUGUUUUUGCUGCUGCAGCAUCCCGAGGUGACGGCGCAGCUGCGUGCCGAGCUGGACCGCGUGUUCGGCACCGACUACGAGACGGCUGUGAGCGACUUUGCGCGGCUCGACCGGGAAUGUGCACUGCUGAACGCGGUGAUCAACGAGUCCAUGCGUCUCUUCCCUCCUCUGGCGGGCGGCCUGCAGAAGGUCAACACCCGGGAUUCGACCGUAGUGCCACUACUGUCGGGGAGCAAGAUGGUGAUGCCCAAGGACGUGGUCAUUACGAUCCCGACGUGGACGAUGCAGCGCGAUGCGCGCAACUUCAGCCCGGAACCCAAUGCCUUCCGCCCCGAGCGGUGGCUGCAGCCCGACAAGGAGGAGCGCUUCGACCGACGUGCAUUUGUGCCGUUCUCCGCCGGCGCUACUGUUUGCGUGGGCAAGCUGCUGGCGUAUAUGGAGCUCAGACUGGUGAUUGCCAACCUGGUGCGAAGGUUCGACAUGAGGGCGACGAGCGAUUUCGACCCCGUCGCUUUCGAGGACGGCCUGCGCGACGUGUUUGUCUCGACGCGCCUCAAGAAGCUGUCUGUCAGGCUGGCGGACAGGAGCAGCGGAGCCAGCCAGGCAGCUGCUGCGGUGUAG